AUGCGUGAAGAAAUCCUAAAAGAGCUUGUAAAACCAAGGAAAUUGUCUAUAACAUGUGAUAUAUGGAGUUCUGUUACAAUGCAGUCAUACCUCGGUGUGACCGUACACUUCAUUGACGAUGAAUGGAAUUUACGCCAUUUUCUGCUUGAUCUAUGCUAUUUUCCCGGCCAGCAUACUUCUCAAAGGAUUGAAGAAUUCAUUAUGCGUGUUCUUGAAGAUGCUAAUAUCAUCAACAAACUCUUGUGUAUGACAACUGAUAAUGCGGCAUCUAUGGUAGCUGCAGGUCGUGCAAUAAAAGAACGAUUGUCAGCAGUCGGAAAUAUCGAAUUUAUCCACCAUCGAUGCUCUGCACAUAUUCUCAACAUUGCUGUUCAACAUGGUUUGCGACGGGUAUCACCAAUUGUAACGAAGGUUCGAGAAUUUGUUAAGAAAAUACGGCAAUCAUCAAGGUUAUGUGAUUCAUUACGGGUUGUUUGUCAGCUCGAAAACACAGUUGAGUUAAAACCUGAGUUAGACGUCGAAACGAGAUGGAACAGUACAUAUCUGAUGCUUAGGAAGUUCCAACGUAUGCGCGAUGUUCUUAAUAUACUUGUUGCCAAGCAUCGAGAGCUUGAUGCUCUUUAUUUACAUGAUGACGAUUUGUCUAAGAACCACACUGAAGAGAGUAUAAUCGUAGUAGUAGAUGCAAUUAACAACAAGCUUGAAGAAUAUUGGGCAUAUGUAAACGAUUCAACUAAAAUCGGUGCUCUAUUGGACCCACGUUCGAAAACAAAGACAUUCUUAGACAGUAACCAACGUGACGAGGCAAUAUCAUUAUUGAAAGAAUGCAUGCCAUCCUACAUAGAUGUCGAGGGUGUAAACAAUGCUAGUACAUCGACCAGGUGCCGAAACAAACGAUUAUUUUUCGAAUCACUUAUUUCAGAUCAGGCAGUUGACGAAAUACCUCCCGAAGAUGAACUUACUCGAUACAUCGCAACACCUGUUUCUUCCGACUCAGAUUCAUUAGGUUGGUGGCGUCGUUUUCAGGGAGAUUUUCCCAUUCUCGCAAGAAUGUAUUUAAGUAUGCAAGGUUCUAGUGUACCUUCAGAACAGGCUUUUUCAAUGGCAGCAAACACGAUAACGAAGAUUCGAUGCAAUCUAAAGCCAGAUACUGCACGUGCUGCAAUGUGUCUGAAAAGUUGGAUUCAGCAAGUGUGUGAUAAACGAGAGGAUGAUUGUGAGGACUUAAUACUUCUUGAGACGUAA